GAUGGAGAAGAGAAAACCUAUGGCGGCUGUGAAGGCCCCGAUGCCAUGUAUGUCAAAUUGAUAUCUUCGGAUGGUCAUGAAUUUAUUGUAAAAAGAGAACAUGCACUAACAUCCGGAACAAUAAAAGCCAUGUUGAGUGGCCCAGGUCAGUUUGCUGAGAACGAAACUAAUGAAGUCAAUUUUAGAGAGAUCCCUUCACAUGUGCUAUCAAAAGUAUGCAUGUAUUUUACCUACAAGGUUCGCUACACUAACAGCUCCACGGAGAUUCCUGAAUUCCCAAUUGCACCUGAAAUUGCACUGGAACUGCUGAUGGCUGCGAACUUCCUAGAUUGUUAAAUAAAAUAAAUUAUAAUAAACUGUUAACUUUUUUCAGUAUUUAAUACCUGUAGUUCAGUUAGUAA